AUGAACUUUCUUGGACAAAUAUAUGGCUUAAAGGCCACUUUGAAGCCCAAGUCAUACGAAUUCGGGUACUCCGUGAAGGACGCGCAAUCUGGCAACGAUUACGAUCGCCGCGAGUCCUCAGAUGGAAAUGUCGUUAGAGGCGAAUACCGCGUCCAACUGCCUGAUGGACGCACGCAAAUCGUGACGUACCACGCUGAUUGGCAAACUGGUUUCCACGCCGACGUGAGGUACGAGGGUGAAGCUCGGUAUCCAGAACCUACACACAACAAUAAUCAAGGUGGUUACAACUACAACGCCCCUAGUGACUUCAGUGGAUCCUUAAAUGGGUUCCAAGGCAACUCGUACAAACCUUCCACCGCCUACGGACCCCCCGGAUACCACUGA